GUACUGAGUUUGUGCUGUGAAGCUUGCAAGAAAGUAAUUUUUCAUGUUCCUUCCGAACUAGAGGCUGACACGUUAGUUGGCAGAGUUGAUUUGAAAGAAUGCCUUCAGUCUGCAGAGUUUAUCAGUUCCAGCGAUGGGAACUUUAAAAUUCUAGAGGAUGGUUCUGUGUACACAACAUCAGCUCUUUCUUUGUCUGCUGAGAAGAAGACUUUUACCAUAUUACUUGAAGACACUCAAGAACGAGUACAAAAGAAAAUACCCGUUAGCUUGGUGCAAGAAGAAAAAAAGAAGACCAGGCAUGCUAGAGAUACAGUUCUCAAGCGAACCAAAAGAAGGUGGGGCCCUAUUCCAUCUGUUAUGAUAGAGAACUCACUGGGACCUUUUCCACUACAAAUUCAGCAGGUCCAGUCAGACACAGCUCAGAACUACACCAUUUAUUAUUCUGCAAGUGGACCAGGAAUUGAUCAAGAUCCAAAGGGUUUGUUUUACAUAGAAAGAGAAACUGGAAAUAUCUUUGCUACUCGUGCAGUGGACCGUGAACAAUAUCCAAGCUUUCAGAUCAUUUGCUUUGCAACCACUCCGGACGGUUACUCACCAGAGGUACCACUUGUGCAUACUAUCAGGAUAGAGGAUGAUAAUGAUAAUGCUCCGUAUUUUACCCAGGACCUUUUUGAGUUUUGUGUCCCUGAAAAUUCCAAACCUGGUGUGUUUGUUGGAAAAGUGACUGCAGAGGACAGAGAUGAGCCUUAUACUCUGCACACUACCUUGAAAUACCGCAUUGUGUCACAAACUCCACCAGUAACCCCAGCGUUUUCUUUACAUGGUGACACAGGUGUCCUUUCUGUAUUACUACCGCAGCUGGACAGAGAGUUGGUGCCCAGUUACACUUUGUUAGUUGAAGUGAGAGAUAUGGCAGGUCAGCCUUUUGGUUUGUGCACUACAGGAACAGUUGUCGUUAAAAUUGAAGAUACAAAUGACAACGCACCGUCCUUUAGACAGAUGCAAUAUGAAACACGAGUGGAGGAAAACAGAGUGAAUGUAGAAAUACUGAGAGUCUCUGUUGUUGAUCUGGAUGAACUUGGUUCUCCUGGCUCAGGAGCAGUGUAUGAAAUUAUCAGAGGAAAUGAUGAUGGGUCCUUUGAAAUUACAACAGACAAGAGCACAAAUGAAGGAAUACUGUGUGUUGUUAAGGGACUGGACUAUGAAAGCGCCAAGCAGAGGGUCCUUGUGAUUGCAGUCAACAACGAGGCGCCCUACAUGCUGGCACCCCAUUCACAACAGCUCUCCCAGAGCACCAGCUCCGUCACGGUGCACGUCCUGGACGUGGAUGAGGGGCCGGUGUUCAAACCCUGCCUGUUCCGCAUGGACGUGAAGGAGUGCGAGGAGAUCGGGACGAGUAUUGGGAGAUACCUGGCGGAAGAUCCAGAAACUGGGAAUAGCGAAGGCAUAAGCUACCGGAUUCCACCUGGCCAGUGCAAUUGGAUCAGCAUAGAUGAAAAAUCGGGUGAAGUCAGGACCAUUAAAGUGUUGGACCGAGAUGUAGGAGAAAUGAGGCGAGGUCAAUGCAAUAUCACGGUCCUUGCAGUAGACAGAAAUGGCAAAACAGGCACGGGAACAAUUCAGGUUUUCAUCCAGCCUGGGAACAAGAAUUACCCUCGAAUCACUAAAACCGACUAUAUAAUGUGCAGAGACAGGAAACCCAUCUGCCUGACUGCCCAGGACGGUGACGAGUCUCCCUACAGCACACCCUUCGUGUACCGCAUAACUGACCGUAGCUUGGCUUCCACGUGGAAGAUAACGCGGCACAACGAUAAUUCUGUGUAUCUUUCACCAAAGGGUGUUAUUCCAUUUGGAACCUACACUAUUCCCGUAAGUGUGAUUGAUAACGGAGGGAAGGUAGGAGAGAACUACGUGACAGUUAACGUCUGCGACUGCGUCACUCCAACCGAAUGCAAUGAGGAUACCCGUGCGCUCGCUGGUGGGAACGUGACCCUGGGCGUGUGGGCCAUCCUGGCCAUGAUCUUGGGGUCCCUCUUGCUGCUGCUAAUCCUGAUCACAAUUUGUGGCUGCUGCGGCUCUGGGGUAAUGCAGAGGCAUGUGACUGAUGAUUGUGCCAAUCACAAUCUAAUAAUUUCAAAUACAGAAGCUCCAGGAGAAGAAGUGAUGGAUCACAAUAUAAUUCCUUUCCAAAACACAAGUGAUCAAGGAGGAUAUGGAAUAAAAACAGGAGAACAACAAACAUUUGAAAUGGUAAAAGGAAGAGGGCAUACCUUGGAAUCGGUCAAGGGAGGCGGGCAUCAGACUCUGGGAUCAGUUAAAGAAGGAGGAGGACAGCCUGUGGUGGAUACAUGUAGAUACUCCUACUCGGAAUGGCAUAAUUUCACCCAUCCUCGUUUAGGGGAAAAGGUGCACCUAUGCAGACAGGAUGAAGAACAGAAGCAUUCUGAAGAUUAUCUCCUUUCAUAUAACUAUGAAGGAAAAGGAUCCUUGGCUGGCUCUGUAGGCUGCUGCAGUGAUCAGCAUGAAGAAGAGGCACUUGACUUCUUAGAUCAGCUGGAACCCAAGUUUAGGACAUUAGCAGAAACAUGCGUAAAAAGAUAA